AUGUAUCUCCUUUCUUCCCGUUACCCCACAGACUCCACCACUCUGGUUACGGUGCUGCUCCUCCUCCUCUCCACAAGGAUCCAGUCAGCAAAACGUUCAGACAACCUUCAACCAACACAAUGGACACUCAGCCCGGACCUUGCAGAACCCAAAAUCUCCACGCCGCCUGUAAAUGGUAGUGAUACAGAGGAACCUCGUGUUCUGAGGAUGUCAAGAUCCUGUAAAGAUGAGGAUUCUGACUACUGCCUGAACGGACAGUGCAUGUACCCCCCUGACAGCGAUACCCCUGCCUGCACGUGUGAUGCUUCCUAUAGCGGCGCUCGCUGUGGUCUGUUGGUCCACCAGGCGACGCUGUGCAAGUUAGCCACAACAGAGGAGGUGAUUGCCAUCUGCGUGGGCGUGGCCAUGUUAGUGUGCUGCCUCGCUGUCGGUCUCUACUGCUGCAUCAAGACAAGGUGUAAAAAACAGCCCCUUCUCUACAAGACCUACGGUGGCUCGGAGAACUCAGUUUGAGCCCCGUCCUCCGUCACCCCCACCAUCAUCAUCUUCAUCAGCAUCAUAAUUACCAUCAUCAUCACCACCAACCUCGUCUUGUUUUGCUGUCCCAACAAUUCCAUAACCGUAUAUUGACCACAAUGUCUUCCCAUAUCAAAUUGAGGCUAUUUAUUGAAAUAUCUAAAAUAAGUUAUAAUUUUGUAUUUAAUGUGUUUUUUUGGUAAGAAAUGUCUUUCAAAUCCGACCACUGUUGUCUGAAGAUAGUGAUUUUCAUAAAGAAGUCAACAUCACCAUUACAUGGGCAGGUCUACCUCAUUUAACCACCAGGUAUCAGAAUUACAACUGAUUGAAAAUAUUCCUAAAACAGCAGGGACAACAUCAGUCAGUCAGGUCAGGAUGAAAGGUUGGUACAAAAUGGCAUCAUAUUCCCUAUAAAAGAACUCUACAGCCCCGUUUACACCUGUUGCUAACAUGCGCCUGUUGUCCCUCAAAAAAAAUGCUACGUGAUUUAUUUUUUUCACAUGACCCUCCCCUUGUCCCGUAAAAAUAUUUGCUCCGCCCACCUCAUAGAAUUUACGACGACAAAUAACAAUAACGGCCCUCUGUUUAUAAACGGGGAUAUCUACGUUGCCACUUAAGCAUGCAUUUGUGGUACAGUCGUUGCAACGCAGGUCUAUGAGCCAGAAGGUUUUCCCGACACACCACACCACACACCUACGUCACAGAGCCGUCUGCAUACAACGAUCAACUAAGGGGGAAAUCUGAUUUUCAACAUUCCGAUGCCAUAUUUAGAUUAUAAAAUAUAUGCAACAACCAAUAAAGAAAGCCUGCCGGCUUUGUGCGCUUCAGUACCCAAGUCUAUGGUGGUAUUGAAAACGAUGUAAAUCUUGACAAACAGAAAAUACCCCUACCUUGUAGGCUUACACAGGAUCGAAGGCUUGGCAAUCUCAGAAUGUCAUUCAACUUGUUGGUGUUUUUGUAACAGGUGUCUAUUUCCAUUCAUCAAAUGGCAGAUUGCACAGACCAAACCAGCAAGGAUUGUUUUAAGGUAGAGAUGUGGUUCUUCUGUUGUAGUCAUGCGCAGUGUUCUUGGUUGGUCAUCAAUCGACAAGAUAAUUGAAAAAACAUGCUUAUUUUAUUUCCUAAUAUACAUAAUUUAAAACGGCCAAGUUCUAUUCACAACGGUAUUCGGUUGGUAAGAGACAGACGUUCCGUAAAUGCUAGGAAUAGAUUGUCCACCAUCUAUGCGUUGUCCAGACAGAAAAGAGAAAUAGGCAAAAUAACAUUUCGAUUUAGAGCAAUAAAGAAAUUGAAUAAAUUAACUGAGCAAACCAGAAACCUUUCAAUAUAUACAUUUAAACAUUAUUUUAAAACGAUUUAAAUAUAAUACAUAGAAAUGUUGUGGGACUAUAGUAGAUGAAGAAUCAAUUUUUUUUUUAGAUUGAGUAUUUAUUGGGUCAUUAUGUUAGUAUAUUAUGAAUGUUUGUAAUAGUGUGUUAUAUGUGGAAAUGUGUUCGUAUUAUAAAUUGUAUUUUAAUGUUUAAGGACUCUUGGAAGAUUAGUCCAA